AUGAUCACCACCUUGGAGGCAGUUGGGGCUGCUGCCAUCUGCCUUGUUGGCCUUUCAGUUGUGUAUGCCAUCCUGGAGUUCUUGCUUGCCAUGAUCCCUGCUGUGGUCACGCUGGAGGGCAAGGCAGUUGUGGUGACAGGGUGUGACACAGGCAUUGGCCGUGUGAUAGCCCUUCACCUUGCCAUGCAGCGAAAGGCCAAGGUUUUUGCAGGCUGCCUGACUGAGGAAGGCUCCGAGGAGCUGAGUGUGGAAUCUAAGGGAAAGAUCAGCACCUUCAUCGUGGAUGUGACAAGCGACAGGAGUGUGUCAGUGGCUCUCGACUUUGUGGCACGCCAUCUGGAGGGUCGCCCACUGUUUGCUGUGAUCAACAACGCGGGAGUUGGAAGGGGCUUUUUAGUGGAAGCCACAGGAAUGGAUGACUAUUACAGCAACAUCAAUGUUAAUUUCCUGGGAUUGGUGCGGGUCACCAAGGCGUUCCUCCCCAUGCUGGUGGUGGGGAAGGGUCGCAUUGUCAACAUCACAAGCUCAGCUACGCUGCUUGCUGGCCCCACCAUGUCCCCCUAUGCUGCAUCAAAAUACGCAGCAGCAGCCUUUAGUGACUCGAUGCGUCGUGAGCUACAUUGCCAGGGUGUAAAAGUUGUGCAAAUCGCACCAGGGAUCAUAAACACAAGGAUGCCCAUUGCUGCGCAACAACAGAUGAAGGAGCUGUUUCACAAUAUGGAUGCUGAAGUGCAGGAGCGGUAUGGCGGCACCAAAUGGGUUGAUCGGCUGGUGCAGCAGAAUAUUCGAGGGUUGAAGGCGAUGAGCAAGGCAGAGAUCGUAUUGCCUUCAGUUUUGGCGGCAUUGAUGUCAAGGUACCCCAAGGGCAUCCUUCAGCCUCAGGAAGGCACUGAAGACCUCAAGCAUCCUGAUGCUGGCUACUCAGCUGACACGAUCAAUGAUGCGAUGCUCAUACCUCCUUCCCACUGGCUACUGGAAUGGCAUGUACAUCGAGAAAUAUUGAGGCACAUUGAAUGGGCAAAGAUCUUGGCCAGGAUUGUGUGA